AUGCCACCAAAAAAGGAAAAACAACGUUUAUCUCAAGCUGCGAAAAAUCGCCGUUGCUUUCAUAAUUCACUGAGGCUAAAAGCUCAAAUUCAUAUCGAAAAAGAGAAGGGUGAAUUCUUCGCUUCAGCGUUGGUAGAAUUUCCUGGAGAAAUAUCGAAAAUUGUUGAAGAGCCAAAAAAGAUUCAAGAAAAGAAAAAGCAAAAUCGGUUAGUUUUACUGAGACUAGUAGAACUUUUAUAAUUUAAAAAUAAUUCAGAAAAGUCGUUGCAAAACCUGUCGAACCAAGUUUAGCGGAUUUAUCGAUUAUUGAUGAUGAUGAUGAUGAUACAGGAGGAUAUGUUGAACCGGCAAAUGGCACAAAUAAUGAUUCGAAAAUUGAGCGAUUAGUAAGUUUUAGAUGUUAUUACUGUCAAAAAAAGCCAAAAUCUUACUAUAAACGUGGAUUUUCUAACCUAGGUUCAUUUUCAGAACAAACAAUACGAUUCGGAUGAUGAUUUUUCUUUGGAAAUCAUGCAGGGAGAGCAGAAAAUGUUUCUGACGGAUUUUGCGAGAGGAAAAUUGAUUCCAUAUGAAGAAGCGGUGAGAUUGGAUCUGGUGAAAAAGAAGCCGCAGAAAGAAGUUGUGAAGGAAAAAGUUGAAGCAUUUGUUGCGCCGAUAUUCAAAAAUAAGGCACAUCAGAAAUUUGUGGAUACGAUUAUUAUGGAUAAAACUGCGGCAAAGGAGCGGAAAGGUUAGAUAUUUUGAAGUUAAUUUAGGAAUAAUUAAAAAAUUGCAGAGAAAGACGGCAAUAAAACAUUUCGAAUUUUUGAUGGAAUUCCCAAAGAAAUCAAAACGCCGGCCAAGAAGAUAGAAAAACGGCUUUCCAAAUUUUCAUGUAGGUUUUUUUUUCAAAUUUUCGAAAAUCUCAAUUUUUUCAGACACCCCAGUCGCUGCAAGAUUCGAUGAUCGAUUGUCCGGACUUUUAUCGUCUUCUUCAGAAGUUUCUUUCGAUCCUCAGUCGAAUUUUGCAAGUACUCCAAUUGAAAGAACAAAUAAGAAAUCAUCAGUUAUCAAUAAAACAUUGACAAUUCCACAACCAAAAUUAGACGACGAGGAUAAUGAUGUUUUUGAAGAUGAAGAAGCUUCGGUUUCGAAUGUUUUUGAUGAAAUUGAGGAGGAUUCUUGUAACACUGCAAAAGAUUUGACACAAAUUGAAGAGGAAACUGAAGAAGAAAGAACAAAAACACCUCGACCUGCAGAUUGCUCGUUAACCGAAAUGUUGACAGAUAAUGAAAGUUGGAAUCGAAAAAGAUCGAGAACUAUGCAAGAACAUCAACAAAGUACACUUCAACAACAAGGGACAAUGAUGGAUAUGGAUAUAACUGAAAAAGAAAACAUUGAAGAGGUUCAAGUGGCGCCACAACGAAAACGAACAAUUCAACCGCAGGAAAAACAAUUGAUGAGAGAAUCGAGAUUAUCUGUGAUGACAAAUGCAUCGGCUGCCUCAUCGAGAAGAUCUUCGAUUAAUAGUUUGAUGGAGGAGAUUUCGCUGGAUGAUUUGGAUUUGGAUAGUUUGUUGGGAAAUCGAACUGUGGCCAAUUCGGAAGGAACAAUGUCGAGAGCACAGACUGCGAUGACUAUUCAUAUGGAUGAUGUUCGUAUUUUUUUUCCUUGGGAUUUUUUUAAAAUCAAAAUUGAAAACAUUCAGGAAUCAGUUCUUCCGUUCUACCUUGCUGAUGUAUCACUUGGUGCUGAACUAUCACCAAUCGAUCAAUUAUUGCAUGUUGUUGGCCAAACGGAAGCCAUGAAAUGGACGCAAUUUCCGAAAGGGUUAGUUUUGUAAUGUUUUCAUCAACAAAAAUCCCUAUUUUCCAGAACUUUCACUGCUAGCAAUGUCAAAAAACUUGGAGAGGGUGCUUAUGGUGAAGUUUUUGCAACAAAAUAUGAUGGAAAUCCGGUGGCCAUCAAAAUUGUGCCAAUCGAAGCUGAUGAAAAUAAUCCGAUUUUUGAUGGUCUAUUUAAUGGUGGAGUUAUGCCAACAUCUUCCGUUGUUCUUCCAGAAGUUGUGGUUAUGAAAGAGUUGACAGCUCUGAAUAAUAUCGAUGGAAUGAAUUCGUCGCCGAAUUUUAUUAGCUUAACAGCUUGCCAUGUUGUUCAAGGGAAGUAUCCAGCUGGAUUGAUAAAGGCUUGGGAUUUAUAUGCUGAAAAGAAGGAAUCACUGAAUGAUCGACCAAGUGACUAUUCUUCAAAUCUUCAAACUUAUAUCACAUUUGUUACUGCAAAUGGUGGAAAUGAUUUGGAAUCGUUUGUUGUGUCAAGUGAAAACGAAAUUCGAUCAAUUUUAUGUCAACUUCUGUUAUCGCUUGUUGUUGCUGAGAAAGAAUUGGAAUUUGAGCAUCGAGAUAUGCACUUGGGAAAUGUUUUGAUUGCGAAAGUUGAGAAGGCUGACAAAUUGAGGUUGGCAUUUUUUUAAACGUGGCAAAACCAUUUCAAUCGGGAGAAUUUCUACUUUUUUUUAGUUGAAAACCCCUCAAAAAUUUUGGUGAUUUGUUACUUUUUUAUUCAAAUUUAUAGAAAAAUUGAUUUUUACAAGGGAACUGUUUCAGCUUUCACUCUAGAUUUUUAAUAAAAUGAAGGUUCUUCAUUUUCAAAAAAAAUCGCUUCAAAAUUUUUGAAAUAAAAAAAGUUCCCAAACUUAUAAAAACUGUCACAUCAAUGUUUUUUCAGCUAUAAAUUCAAUGACAAUUUGAUGACAGUCAAUUCAUUUGGUGUCAAAGCAAACAUCAUUGAUUUCACCCUAAGCCGAAUCAAAAAAGAAGCGACAACCGUAUUUUUGAAUUUGGAAAAUGACGAUGAAAUCUUCAAAGGUCAAAAUGAUCCGCAAUUUGAUGUUUAUCGACGAAUGCGACAGAAUAAUAAUCGAGAUUGGCAAGAAUUCCAACCAUGCACCAAUUUGUUUUGGGUCGAGUAUUUAGCGAAUCGAAUGAUUGAAGAGCCGAUUUGCCCGAAAAAGGUGGUGACGGCGAAAAGGAGGAAAGAAUUGAAAACUCUUUUUGAUCAACUUGGAAGCUUCAACACGUGCGCUGAUACUUUUCUUGAUACCGAGUUUUUUGAGAAUUUUUAUGCGGGGUUUGUCGAAUUUUCCAGCUAACAGGUUUUUUCUGUGAAUAUUUAUUUUUCUGUAAAUAAUAUUUGAUUUUAAAUUUUUUUUCAUAAAUUAUUUUAUUUUUAUUUUGAAAAUAAUACGCAAGAUUUGAAAUUCUUGUUGGAAUAUCUUUAUUUUCAGCCGAAUUCAAAAGGUGAGUUAUGACGUGGCAAAUUUUCAGAAGCCUCUGAAAUUUCAGAUGAAACGAAUAAUCGGGCUAAUCGAUAUGGAUUGUUUUUAUGCACAAGUUGAGCAAAGAGAUCAACCCGAUUUGUGGGGAAAACCAGUGAUUGUUGUGCAGCAUUCGAGACAAGGCGUUUUGGGAGGGUAAGAGUUGAUGACGUGGCAGAUUUUGAGCCUGGAAAUUCUGAAUUUCAGACUAAAACCUUGACAUAAUAAAUUAAGAACUGAAAAUAAGCUAAAGGCUGUAAAAGUUUAAAUUUGAAAAAAAAACUAUAAAAAAAUAGUAAAAAUAUCAUCAAUGGAAACUUCUACCCAAAACCACGUCAUAACUCACAUUUCUUUUCAUUUUCAGAAUUUUGGCAGUGAGUUAUGAAGCCAGAACAUUCGGAAUAAAACGUGGAAUGACUGUAACUGAAGCGAAAGCAAAAUGCGCUGAUUUGAAUGUUUGUCAUGUACCAAUUGGAGAAUACGCGGAUAAAGCGGAUAUUCAAAAAUAUCGAGAUGCGAGUGCUGAAGUUUUUGAAGUUCUCAAUAAUAUCGAUUCGAAUAUUAUUGUUGAAAAAGCAUCGGUUGAUGAAGCAUUUUUGGAUUUAUCGAUUUAUAUUGAGAAAAUAUUGGAAGUUGAGCAGGAAACUGAGCUGGUUUGUGUGUAAAUUUUCUUGAAAAUGUGAAUUGUUUUCAGUCUGAUAUUAUUGGUGCACUUCCCACAACUCACAUUGCUGAUGGAAAUGAUAAAAAAGAGACUGAAGACGAGAGAAUCGAUAGAAUCGCGAAGUUUUACGAGGAAACAAAAUCGGAUGAAAAUCAGAAGAAAUUAAUGAUUGCCGCGAUUGCAAUCGAAGAUAUUCGCGCGAAAAUUCGCGAAAAAACCCAAUUCUAUUGCUCGGCUGGAAUUGGCAACAAUAAAAUGAUGGCGAAAUUGGUGUGUGCCAGACACAAACCUCGACAGCAGACAAUUAUUCCAUUUCAGUAUGUGAGAGAUAUUUUGAAAGUGACACCGAUUGGAGAUAUUCGGGGAUUUGGUGGGAAAAUGGGCGCGAAAAUUGUGGAAAUGCUGAAAAUCAAGACGAUGGGAGAGAUUUUGACGAUUGAAUUUGAGAGAGUUGUGGAGGCAUUUCCCGAGCAACAUGAAUAUUUGAAAUGUGUUGCCGAAGGUUAUGAUGAUGAACCGGUACAUUUUUAGAUUUUAUUUUGAACACUUUUUGAAAAGAAAAAAAUUUAAGCCUAAAAAUGCUCAAAAUUAGCUGAAAGUUGAGAAAUUUAAAACUAGAAAAGCUUAAUUUCAAUCUUUAACGAAUUUUCAACAAAAAAUUAUUCGAAUACUCUCAAAAUCACUGCUCCUGGCCGCAUGUAUUUUUCAUAAAUCCUCAAAAUUGAAAAAUAUGAUUCCAGGUCCGCCCGCGCGCUGAAAGUUCCUCAAUCGCAGUCAGCAAAAAUUUCCCCGGCCGAUCCGCAAUUCAAACAGUAAAAGAGAUGAGAGAAUGGCUCGAAGGCCUGACAAAAGAACUUGCAAAGCGAUUAGCAACUGAUCAGGCACAAAAUCGAAGAACUGCUGAAAAUCUCGUAUUCUCGCUGUUGACCGAAGAUGGAAAACCGCAAAAAACAUUGAAAAUCACAUCGUAUCAUCCGGAGAUUUUGAUUGAAUUGUUGUGGAAGAAUAUUAGGAGUUGUAAUAAAUCAACAGAUGAUGUGAAAUGGUAAUAUUUUGGGGGAACCUGAAAAUUUUUAACCUCAAAAAAUUGUUUCCAGGCACCCGAAAGUCUACAAUUUACACCUGGGCGCUUCUCGAUUCUCACCAGGAAUUCCAGCCGCAAAUCGAGCAAUCACAGAUUGGCUCAGCAACAAAAAAUGUUUAAAUGAAAAUGAGGAGUCGAUUUAUGAACCAGAAACAGCUGAUGAAAAUGAUAUUGAAAUCAUAAUUGAACCAUCAACUUCGACAAAACCAAAUGAUUCAAUAAUAAUAUUGGAUGAUGAUGAUGAAGAAGAGGAAAAUAAUGGAAAAGAUGAGGAAUAUGUGGAAGUUGAUGGACAGAAAAUAUCCAAAAAUGCACUCAAGAAUAUGCCGACAAUGUUGAGAAAGGUAUUUUUGCGGGGAUUAUUUUUCAUGAGCCUAGGCGAGUUAAUAUUUUGUAAUCAUAAUUUUUCCUAUGCUCGGUCAGAAAACGGCGGGGUCGCUACCGAUCGGGGCGAAGUCGCUACACUUUUUUUGUUCCCCGAAACGUGUAGCGACUCCGCCCCGAUUGGUAGCGACCCCGCCGUUUUCUGACCGAGUGCUGAAAAAUAAAAUAUACAGCUAAUUAUUUUGGAGUAGAGACAACGUGAAAUUGAGAGAGCGCAGACAGAAAAUUAGUUUUUUGUAUUUUUUGGUCGAAAAAAAAUUUACUUUGUGUGUGCUCACUCAAUUUUACGUUGUCUCUACUGUGUUUUUUAUUACAAAAUAUUAAUCUGCACAGGUCCAUUAUAAAAUUAAAAAAAAAUAAAUUAAGAUCUUUUUUCCCCAAAGAAACAAUCAAAUUUAAAAAAUAGUUGAAAUUUUCAGCCGCAAAUGCAUAAUUAAAUGAGAAAUUCCACGUGGAUUUUUCAGCACUAAAAAUAUGUUGAACUUCUAAAAUUAUUCAAAGUUGUUCAAAAUCCCCCUCCCCCAAACUUAAUUUUUUUUCAGCAAUACGAACAUCGAAUUGCAUUAGAAGCUGCAAGAAAACUGAAAGAAUCAAAAAGUCAACCGAAAAAGCGAAAAAGAGGAGAAAAUCUGUCAAAUGAAAAAAAGAAUAAAAAAGCGAAAAGUAACAAUUUGAACACGUUUUUCACUAAAAAAUAA